GCGGCGGAGCCGCCGGUCUACGUGUACAGCCCGGAGUACGUGGCCCUCUGCGACUCCCUCUGCAAAGUGCCCAAGCGGGCCAGUAUGGUACAUUCAUUGAUUGAAGCAUAUUCCUUACUUGACCAGAUGAAGAUAGUCAAGCCAAAAGUGGCCUCCAUGGAGGAGAUGGCGAGCUUCCACACGGACGCCUACUUGCAGCACCUGCAGAAGGUCAGUGAGGAGGGGGAUGAUGACCAUCCGGAGUCCGUGGAGUAUGGACUGGGUUACGACUGUCCGGCUACUGAAGGGAUCUUUGAGUAUGCAGCAGCCGUGGGAGGAGCCACCAUCACCGCAGCCCAGUGCCUGCUGGACGGCAAGUGCAAGGUAGCGAUUAACUGGCCUGGAGGGUGGCAUCAUGCAAAGAAAGAUGAAGCUUCUGGCUUCUGUUACCUGAACGAUGCUGUCUUGGGGAUCCUGCGGCUGCGCCAGAAAUUUGACCGUGUCCUGUAUAUCGAUUUGGAUUUGCAUCAUGGGGAUGGAGUUGAAGAUGCCUUUAGUUUCACCUCGAAAGUCAUGACUGUUUCUCUGCACAAGUUUUCGCCAGGAUUUUUCCCAGGCACCGGUGAUGUGACGGAUGUUGGCCUGGGGAAAGGUCGCUAUUACAGCGUGAAUGUACCUAUUCAAGAUGGCAUUCAGGAUGAGAAAUAUUACCAGAUCUGUGAAACCGUGCUGAAGGAGGUGUACGCCGCAUUUAACCCAGACGCGGUUGUGCUGCAGCUGGGCGCAGACACCAUCGCUGGAGAUCCCAUGUGCUCUUUCAACAUGACGCCUGAGGGAGUGGGCAAGUGCCUGAAGUAUGUCCUGCAGUGGCAGCUAGCAACUCUCAUCCUGGGAGGAGGAGGCUACAACCUUGCCAACACAGCUCGCUGCUGGACAUACUUGACUGGGGUCAUCCUUGGGAGAACGCUGUCCUCUGAGAUCCCCGAUCACGAGUUCUUCACAGAGUACGGUCCUGAUUAUGUGCUGGAGAUCACACCGAGCUGCAGACCAGACCGCAAUGAGCCACAAAGAAUUCAAGAAAUUCUUAAUUCUGUCAAAGGGAAUCUGAAGCAUGUUGUUUAGCGGAGAAGGAAGGCUCAGGUUUCCGCAAGAGCAUUUCCUGUGGAGAAGACGGCGUGUUUAUGUGAGCAGCUGGUGAAAUUUGUGGCUGUGGGGGAAAUUUGGAAGAAAUUACUGUUGGUUGGCUGAUUUUUUUCUCUUUAAAGAAGAAAAGCUGCUGCGCACCACGAGCACCAUGGCUCUCCCCAGGCAGGAGUGUGGGCCCUCCACCCACAGCCUUCCAGUGCCGGUAGAGCCUCCCUUGCUCCUUUCUCUUUCCUUUUUUAACACCACAGAGUUUAUUCUCACAACUGGUUUUAAAUGUUUUUUAAGAGAGGGGCUGCUCAGGGCUGUGAACCCUCCCCAGCUGGAGCCCAGUGCCACAUUGUCUUCCUGGCAGGAGCACGGCCCCUGAGCUGCCCACCCGGGGAGUGGUGCCGAGUGCCAGCCGGGGCCUGGGCCACGGGCUGUGCCUCUUACCCACAGAAAGGCACGGCCAUUGUGUUUUUAACUGGGAAUUUUUUUUAAAUAAAGUAUUUUAAAUACUC